AUGAUUCAACUUGAAGAAAGGGACAUCCCUGUCAUUCCCGGAACAAAGCUCGACGAAUAUGAAACAAGAGAGCUCCAGCAAAUGGUGGCCGAACUUUUGGAGCGUAGGUACCCCUCGUUCCCAGGAUCGCAGCCGGUGUCGUUUGAGAGAAAGCAUUUGGAAGAAACUUUAAUGAACAAAGACUACUUCGUAUGUGAGAAGUCUGAUGGUCUUAGGUGUCUUCUUUUCAUACUCAAUGAUCCUGUACGAGGAGAAGGAGUGUUCUUGAUCACCAGAGAGAACGAUUUCUACCAUAUUCCAAACAUUCACUUUCCAUUGACCACCGACGAGACAGAGACGGAGAAAACAUACCACCACGGCACACUCUUGGAUGGCGAAUUGGUAUUGGAAACAAAGAACGUUUCCGAGCCCGUACUCAGGUACUGUAUCUUCGACGCUUUGGCCAUGAACAGCAAGAUUAUUGUGGACAGACCAUUGCCCAAGAGAUUGGGAUACAUCACCGAAAAUGUCAUGAAGCCCUUCGAUAAAUUCAAGCAAAAGAACCCACGUAUUGUGAAUGCGCCAGAAUUUCCAUUCAAGGUCAGUUUCAAGCUCAUGACCUCGGCAUAUCAUGCGGACGAUGUAUUGGCCAAAAAAGACCAGUUGUUUCAUGAGUCAGACGGUUUGAUUUUCACCUGCGCAGAAACUCCUUACGUUUUCGGUACAGAUCAAACCUUGUUGAAGUGGAAACCCGCCGAAGAAAAUACGGUGGACUACAAAUUGGAAUUAGUCUUCAACAAAGUGCAAGACCCAGAUUUGGACGAAAAGGAUCCAUCAUCCACAUACAUCGACUACGACUCAAAGCCUGACCUCAUAAAAUUGAAAGUCUGGCAGGGCGGGCAUGAGCACACAGAUUUUGCAAAGCUCGACUUAUUAGACGAAGAUUGGGAAAGGUUGAAGGCAUUGAACAUUCCAUUACAAGGACGAAUUGUGGAGUGUAGACAGAGUCAAACAAAGCCGGGGUACUGGGAGAUGAUGAGAUUCAGAAAUGACAAAAGUAAUGGUAACCAUGUUAGUGUGGUUGAAAGGAUUCUUCACAGUAUAAGAGACGGUGUUAAGGAGCAGGAAGUGAUAGAAUCGUGUCAAAAGAUAUCAAAGGCUUGGAAAAAGAGAGCCUACGAGAGAGAAAGAGGUAUCAAAACGAAGCCUAAUGACCACUCACACCAGGAGCAGGAAAGAGCGGGUCCCCCAGCCAAGAAGAUCAAGCCCAACGCUGAACCCCAGCCAAAAGAAGCUGUGUUGGAUGAUCUUCCUACUUAUGAAGACAGCGAUUUAGAAUAG